AUGAAUAUGUUUUUCGGUUAUGCGGUUCGUGCUGCUGCCGCAGUCAUCGUUUCGACCCUUCCUUUAAAUUCAGAGCAUCUAAUACCCGACUACGAGACAACCCUCAACUGGCUAAUUGAAGACAAUGAACUACGUGACAUUCUUAACUGCAUCGGAGAAUACUUUUCAGAGUAUGAGGAUUCUCUUAUACUGUCGUUCUUCUCCCAGGACACCUACGAUUCCGACAAUGCCGGCUUCUGGAACGACCAGAAGCCAAGCCAGACAGUUGGCCGGCCCAUGGUGGACAUGUGCAAGCGAAGGAUCCAGUGGAGAAUCUCUCAACAUUUACGCAGUUUUCCGAAACUAGGAAUAGCCGUUCUCCCGCUGAUACUAAUCCGCAUCGAUGAUAGUAGAUGGAGCGAUUCUGCCGUCACCUGCCGUCAAUUAAAAUAUUUCAUCUACUGCGGUGUACAUUUGGUCCAUGAGGGACCGCUACAGGAAUGGAAUUACGACAGAAAAGAUCUAAUUACAGAGCUAAUUGGAGCGCCGCAGCCCACCAGCGGACCAAUACCGGACUCUCUCUUUAUGUUUCUAGCAUCUGCUGUCGGAUCAUGCCCUCCAAAGUCGGCGGUACUCUUUAAGGUGCCUAGGAAAAUUCUUCACCCUGACAUAUCGCAUCUUUAUGCAGAUGACCUGUAUAUGUAG